UCGUUUUCCCUCUCUCUGUCUUUCGUCUUUGUUGCGAACGCGAACUUUUUCUGAGGGUUUGGUUAUGGCUUCAACGGACAUCAGAGGCAUUUUGACGGCGUUCAAUCCUUCUCUAGAUUUCUUCGCUAUCACAACCGGUGACGGUCGCGUCAAGAUAUGGGACACGCUCAAAGGUCAAGUACAGACCGAGUUUGCAGAUAUUACGUCAACUCAUCCAACUACUUCAUUUGAUAAAUCCCUUAACGGCCAUCUUUCGCUCGAUUAUACUUGCAUCAAGUGGCUUUCCUUCGAAAGAAAGAGGAAAAGGAAACAUACUUCGUCGUUGUUAGUGCUUGGAACUGGUAGUGGUGAUGUUUUAGCACUUGACGUCUCUGCUGGUCAAUUGAGUUGGAGAAUUAAUGAUUGUCACCCUGGAGGUGUGAGAGCCAUUGCGUCUUCGGAAAAUGGAUCGAGCAUUUGUACGGCUGGUGCUGAUGGGAUGGUGUGUGUGAUAGAUUUCAUGACAGGAAACCUGGUGGAGAAAUUUAAAGCUUCUACGAAGCCAGUAUCCUGUAUAUCUGUUUCUCCAGAUGGGAAGACGUUAGCUACUGCAGCAGCACAAUUGAAGAUUUUCAACUGUUCCAAUCACAAAAAGAUUCAAAAGUUUUCUGGUCAUCCUGGAUCUGUUCGGUGCAUGGUCUUCACCGAAGAUGGCGAAUAUGUUCUCUCAUCUGCUGUGGGUGAAAGAUAUGUAGCUGUUUGGAGGAUAGAUGGUGCUAAAAAGCAAUCAGCUAGUUGUGUUCUUGCGAUGGAGCACCCUGCUGUCUUUCUUGAUAGCAGGUGCAUUGAUAGUGGGGAAUGUGACAAGGCUGGAUUAUGUGUUUUGGCCAUCUCAGAAAUUGGCAUUUGUUAUUUAUGGUUUGGAAACAAUAUUGAAGAACUACGUAAUGCAAAGCCCACAAAAGUAUCAUUAUCUUUAGAUGACGUGUCCUCCAAAAAUUACAAGGGAGCACUGCCUGCAAUAUAUGCUGCAAAAUUACAAGGCAUCCAAAAGCCAACUUCUGGCCAAGUUUUUCUCGUUUAUGGGUUACUUGUAAAACCAUCAUUUCAAAAAAUUAUUGUGCAUUCAGGAACAGAUGUAAAGUUGAAUGUUUCCCGUGAUGGCAUUCUCCUUCCAAUGAGUCAAUCUCUUGUCAAAUCUAAAAAGGGGAUAGAUGUACAUAGGGUUACUGCACUUGACCGUGCAAAUGCUGAGGAUGCCUUGCUUCCAAUUCCUAAGGUUUUUGAUUCUCAUGAGAAAGAGAAAGCAUUUCAAGAAUUUUUGGACAAGGAUGUGAUUGAUGAUUUGCAUAGAAGUAGUAAAGAUGAUUCUCUUGAGAUAGAAGAUGAUAUGGUCCAGAGUGAUACUGAUGUAAUUUGCAUGGAGGACCGGCUGAGAUCACUUGGGAUGCUUCCCAGUGAUAGUGAUUGUGCUUCAAAAGUUGAACUUUGCUCUACAUUGUUGAAGGGUAUUGAUCUGGAAGCUACUCUUCCAAUGAAAAAGAUAAGAGCAACUGUUGUGUCUAUGGUGCCAAGUGAAGCAUUCAAGCUACUGGAAGUGUUUCUAGGUGCAUGGCAAUCAAGGUCAUCGAGUGGAAAGUAUGUUCUUCCAUGGAUCUAUAGCAUAUUAGUGAACCAUGGUCACAAUGUCAUUGCUCAAGAAUCUGUGACGCGUAUACUUGAUUCAUUAGACAAGAUUGCCAAAUCUAGAGGGGCUACUCUUCAGCCUUUGUUACAAUUAUCAGGCCGUCUGCAACUGGUGACAUCACAGAUCAACAAGGCUUCUCAGACUGAAAGCCAUUCAAUGCAUGAACUCCAAGUGGAAGAAAGUGAAGAUGAGGAUGAAUAUUAUCAUGAGGAAGAAGAUGAUGCAUCUGAAAUAAGUAGUGAUGAUGAAAGCUAGUCUGAUUUUUUUAUAAGAGAUUGAGUUACCAGUUGUUACUUUUGCGGCUGACAAAGAAAUAGAGGAAUAGAAGCAAAGUUGGAUUUCAACCAGCUUUUUGUUCACAAUUUUGUUGCUAUAUAGAUAGUUCCUUUCUGAGAAAGAAAUUUUGAUGUUAGCCCAAUUUGUUAGAAAUGAUAGCCCCUAAUUUAUGUAAUUUGAUAUUUUUACUGAUUAGUAAAAUGCAAAAUAUUGGUCAAGCAUAUUUACUACGUGCUCAAAAUACUCCGAUUCUUAAGAAUUUGUAUCCCCGAAAUGUACAAUAGCUUUGUUUUCGUGAUAGCGGUUUUGCAUACUCCAAAUCGCAAAUUGACUGUCAUAUCUUUUCUACCAUAUUUACAGUUGCCCUAGUAUGUUUUUCCUCC